UCCGCCGCGCGCCAACCGGAAGGUCCCUGACUUGAGAGCUAAUGGCGAACGCCGGCGGUUUGGCGUUGGCGAUGCCUUAGUCCUUGAAGAAAUUCUGCAUCCGUUGGAUACUACGCCAUCCUCAUUGCUACAGGGUAAAGAAGCGGCCUCCCGACUUCCCCGGACCUACAGAGGACUAGAACGGCCAUAUAGGAGCUUACUUUGACGUGGUGUAACCAGUGACUGGAUUGUGGAGUGUCGGGUGACUCAGUAUUGCUGCCACCAUGUUUCUGUACAACCUGACAUUGCAACGAGCCACUGGCAUCAGCUUUGCCAUUCAUGGCAACUUCUCUGGAACCAAACAACAGGAAAUUGUUGUUUCCCGUGGGAAGAUCUUGGAGCUGCUUCGCCCUGAUCCCAACACUGGCAAAGUACACACCCUACUUACGGUGGAAGUAUUUGGUGUAAUUCGAUCGCUUAUGGCCUUUAGGCUGACAGGUGGCACCAAAGACUACAUUGUGGUAGGCAGUGACUCAGGUCGGAUUGUUAUUCUGGAAUACCAGCCAUCUAAGAAUAUGUUUGAGAAAAUUCACCAAGAAACUUUUGGCAAGAGUGGAUGCCGCCGCAUUGUUCCUGGCCAGUUCUUAGCUGUGGAUCCCAAAGGGCGAGCUGUUAUGAUUAGUGCCAUUGAGAAACAGAAAUUGGUGUAUAUCUUGAACAGAGAUGCUGCAGCCCGGCUUACCAUCUCAUCUCCCCUGGAGGCCCACAAAGCAAACACUUUAGUGUAUCACGUGGUCGGAGUAGAUGUGGGAUUUGAAAAUCCAAUGUUUGCUUGUCUGGAAAUGGAUUAUGAGGAAGCAGACAAUGAUCCAACAGGGGAAGCAGCAGCUAAUACCCAGCAGACGCUUACUUUCUAUGAGUUAGACCUUGGUUUAAAUCAUGUUGUCCGAAAAUACAGUGAACCUUUGGAGGAACAUGGCAACUUCCUUAUUACAGUUCCAGGAGGUUCAGAUGGUCCAAGUGGAGUGCUGAUCUGCUCCGAAAACUAUAUCACUUACAAGAACUUUGGUGACCAGCCCGAUAUCCGCUGUCCAAUUCCCAGGAGACGGAAUGACCUGGAUGACCCUGAAAGAGGAAUGAUUUUUGUCUGCUCUGCCACCCAUAAGACCAAAUCGAUGUUCUUCUUUUUGGCCCAAACUGAGCAGGGCGAUAUCUUCAAGAUUACUUUGGAGACAGAUGAAGAUAUGGUAACUGAAAUCCGGCUCAAGUAUUUUGAUACUGUGCCUGUUGCUGCUGCUAUGUGUGUGCUUAAAACAGGCUUCCUUUUUGUAGCAUCAGAAUUUGGAAACCAUUAUUUAUAUCAGAUUGCACAUCUCGGAGAUGAUGACGAAGAACCUGAGUUUUCAUCUGCCAUGCCUCUAGAAGAAGGAGACACAUUCUUCUUUCAACCAAGACCACUCAAAAACCUUGUGUUGGUCGAUGAGUUGGACAGUCUCUCUCCUAUUUUGUUUUGCCAGAUAGCUGAUCUGGCAAAUGAAGACACUCCACAGCUGUAUGUGGCCUGUGGUAGAGGACCCCGAUCAUCUCUGAGAGUCUUAAGGCAUGGACUUGAGGUGUCAGAAAUGGCUGUCUCUGAACUACCCGGUAACCCCAAUGCUGUCUGGACAGUGCGCCGGCACAUUGAAGAUGAAUUUGAUGCAUACAUCAUCGUGUCUUUCGUGAAUGCCACACUAGUGUUGUCUAUCGGAGAGACUGUGGAAGAAGUGACUGACUCUGGGUUCUUGGGUACCACCCCAACCUUGUCCUGCUCCUUGUUAGGAGAUGAUGCCUUGGUACAGGUGUAUCCUGAUGGCAUUCGGCACAUACGAGCAGACAAGAGGGUCAAUGAGUGGAAGACCCCUGGAAAGAAAACAAUUGUGAAAUGUGCAGUGAACCAGCGACAAGUAGUGAUUGCCCUGACAGGAGGAGAGCUGGUCUAUUUUGAAAUGGAUCCCUCAGGACAGCUGAACGAGUACACGGAGCGGAAGGAGAUGUCAGCAGAUGUGGUGUGCAUGAGUCUGGCCAAUGUGCCUCCUGGAGAGCAGCGGUCUCGCUUCCUGGCUGUGGGGCUGGUAGACAACACUGUCAGAAUCAUCUCCCUGGACCCCUCAGACUGUUUGCAACCUCUGAGCAUGCAGGCUCUCCCAGCCCAGCCGGAGUCCUUGUGUAUUGUGGAAAUGGGUGGGACUGAGAAGCAGGAUGAGCUGGGUGAGAGGGGCUCUAUUGGCUUCCUAUACCUGAAUAUUGGGCUACAGAAUGGUGUGUUGCUUAGAACUGUCCUGGACCCUGUUACUGGGGAUUUAUCGGACACCCGCACUAGGUACUUGGGGUCUCGUCCUGUGAAACUCUUUCGUGUCCGGAUGCAAGGCCAGGAGGCAGUGUUGGCCAUGUCAAGCCGCUCAUGGUUGAGCUAUUCUUACCAAUCUCGUUUCCAUCUCACUCCUCUGUCUUAUGAGACCCUGGAAUUUGCAUCUGGCUUCGCCUCUGAGCAGUGUCCUGAGGGCAUUGUGGCCAUCUCUACCAAUACCCUGAGGAUUUUGGCAUUGGAGAAGCUAGGUGCUGUCUUCAACCAAGUAGCCUUUCCACUGCAGUACACACCCAGGAAAUUUGUCAUCCAUCCUGAAAGUAACAACCUUAUCAUCAUUGAGACUGACCACAACGCCUACACGGAGGCUACAAAAGCUCAGAGGAAGCAGCAGAUGGCAGAGGAAAUGGUGGAAGCAGCAGGGGAGGACGAGCGGGAGCUAGCCGCAGAGAUGGCAGCAGCAUUCCUCAAUGAAAACCUCCCUGAGUCCAUCUUUGGAGCUCCUAAGGCUGGCAAUGGGCAGUGGGCCUCUGUGAUCCGAGUAAUGAAUCCUAUUCAGGGUAACACACUUGACCUUGUCCAGCUGGAACAGAAUGAGGCUGCUUUUAGUGUGGCUGUGUGCAGGUUCUCCAACACUGGCGAUGAUUGGUAUGUGCUGGUGGGCGUAGCCAAAGACCUGAUACUGAACCCCCGAUCUGUUGCAGGGGGCUUUGUCUAUACCUACAAGCUUGUGAACAAUGGGGAAAAGCUGGAGUUUUUACACAAGACUCCAGUGGAAGAGGUUCCUGCUGCCAUUGCCCCAUUCCAGGGUAGGGUGUUGAUUGGUGUGGGGAAGCUUCUACGAGUCUAUGACUUGGGAAAGAAGAAGUUACUCCGAAAAUGUGAGAACAAGCAUAUCGCCAAUUAUAUCUCCGGGAUCCAGACUAUUGGGCACAGGGUAAUUGUGUCUGACGUCCAAGAAAGUUUCAUCUGGGUUCGCUACAAGCGUAAUGAGAACCAGCUCAUCAUCUUUGCUGAUGACACCUACCCGCGAUGGGUCACCACAGCUAGCCUCCUUGACUAUGACACUGUAGCUGGGGCAGACAAGUUUGGCAACAUUUGUGUGGUGAGGCUCCCACCUAACACCAACGACGAAGUGGAUGAGGAUCCCACAGGAAAUAAAGCCCUGUGGGACCGGGGCUUGCUCAAUGGGGCCUCUCAGAAGGCAGAGGUGAUCAUGAACUAUCAUGUUGGGGAGACAGUGCUGUCAUUACAGAAGACCACGCUGAUCCCUGGAGGCUCAGAAUCGCUUGUCUAUACCACCUUAUCAGGAGGAAUUGGCAUCCUUGUCCCGUUCACAUCUCAUGAGGACCAUGACUUCUUCCAGCACGUGGAGAUGCACCUGCGGUCUGAGCAUCCCCCUCUCUGUGGGCGAGACCACCUCAGCUUUCGUUCCUAUUAUUUCCCUGUUAAGAAUGUGAUUGAUGGAGACCUCUGUGAGCAGUUCAACUCCAUGGAGCCCAACAAACAAAAGAAUGUCUCCGAAGAGCUAGACCGAACCCCACCUGAGGUGUCCAAGAAGCUUGAGGACAUCCGGACCCGCUAUGCAUUCUGAGUUGCUUUUUCCUGUGGGGCUUGUCUGAGACUGUUUUAUAUCCCCCCACUACCUGGCUCUGAACCUAUAUAGCAGAAGAAGGGUGGCUAGAUAAUUAACACUCUGCAAUAUUUAAGGGAACAGCUCUUUCCCAUCCACUCCUCCCCUAGAGUGACUGGUUUCCCCUAAAAUUGGCACUGAGAUUCGCUGCACUUCUCCCUGCCUGGUACAUAAUACGUUGCCCAAGGUUCCGGUGGAAUACAAUGCUCCCUGGUCCCUGAAGCUUUCCCUGUAUUGAUAGUUCAGGCUCUCAUGUCUUUUGUACACACCCUUAAUUUUUAACUGGUUUUUCUGUAAAUAUAGUUUUGUACAAUGUUAUCUCUAGGAGGGAGGGAGGCAAGCCGAGGUAGGGACCAGGUUGGAUAUACUAUUAACGCCUGAGUUCUGCCACUCUGGAACCUAACCAGAAAUACAGACCUAGUUUUUAAGGUAGUUUGUGUCUAUGUGUCUUUUCUAGGGAUGAGAAUUUAGGUAAUAAUUGGAACAGGAAGAACUGAGUGUCCUUCCUUCCAGCUGCUUGCUUACAUGGAUUUCUGGUACCCUGUGGCUUCCCGCUUCCAGGAUUAUGGUUUUUUGGCUUUCUCUAGUUCUUUUUGCUGUGCAGAUGAAACUUGGGCUCAGUAGUAAACAUGUGGUCAUCCACGCCUCUUCCCAUUGGAUAUUGGGAAAGGGUGGCUGAUUUAUCCAUCCCUCUUUUAGCCUCCUUCUACUUUGAGGUCUUAACAGUGAAGGGUUUGGCAUGAAUUCCAGCUGGGUUGUCUCUUAACAGUUGCUCCCUUUACUUCUAUAGCUCCUAAAAUGAUCUUUUGCUAUAGGACUACUAGGAAGGAUCAGUAAGUACAGAAGUGUUCAGAUACCAACCUGCCCUUGGGAACAAAGUCAUUAUAUGUGGUACCUGCUUAGGGCACAUGGAUAAUAGGGAGCUUGUCUGUAGCAGACAUUGCGGGCUCUGGGGGGCCUUUGGGGUACAAGGAGGCAACACUGGUAGCCAACAAUGAUAGUCAGUUGGAAGUGACCCAGUCCCAGAAAUCUUCUAGCCCACACCUAAGAAUUUGGUCAUCUUCCUCUUGUCCGGCUGUGUAGGAAGCCUUAAUCUUCCAGGCAGUCCCCUCAGCUUUAUUGAACUUGGCAGAGACCUGAGCCCACUGUUAUUCUCAGUACUUCACAAAGUAAAAUGUUCUUUGAUGCGCAUGUGCUCAGCCACUUCUGUUGAGUAGAUCCUCUGUGGCUAGCACUGGGUUAGAAUCAGGAAUGGAGGUGAUUUUACACAGUCUUCGACCCCAAACAGCCCAUAAUCCAGUGCAGAGAGGGUUCCUGACCCUGUCCUAUGGAACUUUGUAUCUUUAUAAUUAUGACUUGAUUUUAGAUCAGUCAGUAGAGACUUAGAUUUCGUUAGAAAUUGAGUUCCUAAAUAACUCUUUCUCGCUUAGCUAAUAGAUUUGCAUGGUACACAGUACUGUUCAAUGACAUGUGCACAGCCUAAUGCCAGAGCCCAUUUUUCCUGUGGCCCCCACCUAAACCCCUUCUAUUUAGUCUGUCAGAUUGUAUAGCAUUGGUAAUGCAAUAGUUUGAGAAACUCAGCAUAGAUGUUUGAGCAGCAGCUCACUUUUCCUAACUUGUUUCCUGAAAUACUUCUUUCUACAAUAGUGGGGGAGGAUAUGGAAGAAAGGAACGUCGAUCUCGGUAUAGAAUCAGGAAUUGUCGCCAUUUCUUUUUUUGAAUGAUACGGACAGCAGUUUAUUAGUUACAUAACCACUGCCCAGGGUGGGAGGAUGCCGUGCCCUGCAAACCCACCUGAAUUGUACUCAGGAACCCAGUAAACAAGGGGCUGUGGGAUCCAGCCUUUGUAGUAUCAAGAGGGUGGGUACCCCCUGGUUCAUGUGGGAGGGUGUGAUUGGCUUGUUUGAAUAAGUUCAUGGACUGGCAGGGAACAGAGAUAAGCAGGAACUGUGCAUAAGAGCAAAGUGGGGAGGGAAACUUGUAAUUAGGCCAUUUGAAGCCCUUCUGAUUUUAUAGCAUAUAAUAUUGAAUCUCAGAUCUUAAUACCAAAAAUGGGAAAGUGUAGUCGUCUGAUUAUUGACUCACUAGAGAGCUACAGGUAGGCAAGGCAGGGGUGGAUUUUAUGUUGGAUUGUCUUUUUGUGCUUCCAGUAUAUUACAAGAUUCUUUCCUUUUCCAUUCCUCUGUAUCCCAAAGCCCAGUGAAAAUGAUAGAAACUCAGUGAGAUUGUCACAGAAUUAAUUAUGGGUGCAUCUUGUGGAAGGUUAUUUGAUAGAUGACAGCAGAUCAUGUGCUAAUGUUCCAAGCAUAGUGCCAAGCACAGAAAUUCACAGGGCCUACUUAGCUUAGCUCAAUGUUCUAAUAGAGGGGAUAGAGCUUACACAUGUGAAACUGUCAGCCAAAAUGUGUUGAUAGUAGAAGGAGAACUAGAAUCCAGCAAUAGGUUUGAUCCUGGCUUGGCCAAAUAACUGGGUAAAUUUGAGCAAGCCAUUUGAAACUUCUGAGUCUUAGUUUUCUCGACUGUAGAAGGUAAAGAGAACAGUGUAACAUCAGCUGUAUGGAAAUCUAAAUAUGCUGCCUAACCUUAUUUAAAACAGCAUCUUGGUUCCUAAGAAUUUCAACAGUUAAUCAGAAAGUCCAAGUGAUUCUGUCUUGGGAGUACAAACUUUAUUUAUAUGUUUUGUUUUAUUUUUUUCUCAAGUUUUUCUAACCAUGAAAAUCAUAUCUUUGGCCACUCAAUAAAAAUACGGAUUCUUUGGCA